AUGAAGGUCAUCAGCAAGGAAGAGGAGCGAGAACAUUAUGGCCAGGUCAUCCGCGGUGGCCUCCUUGGAGGCGGCGUGGGUCUCGCGCUCGGCCUAGCCGGCGUCAUCGGAGCCUCUAAACGGUACCCGGCCUUCCGCCAGCUUACACUUCCGUUCCGCUCGUUUCUGGUCACAUCGAGCGGAACUUUUGGCGCCAUCGUCAUCGCCGAGCGGUACAGCGUCAACUAUCAACGCUCGCACGAUCAAAUGAACAAUUAUCUCGAGGCGUCGCACCGCGCCCUGGAGGAGGCCAGGCGUGCCGAUAAGACCGAGUGGCAGCGCCUCAUGGAUUGGGGCCGCCAGAACCGCUACAGCAUCGUCUUUGCCAGCUGGCUUGCCUCCAUGGGCGUCGCACUGGCCAUGGUCGGCCGGAACAAGUACCUCAGCACCAGCCAGAAGCUCGUCCAGGCCCGUGUGUACGCUCAGGGCCUCACCCUCGCUGUACUGAUCGCUACGGCUGCCUUUGAGACGGCCGAUGCCAAGGCCGGCAAGGGCCGGUGGGAGACAAUCAUGGUCGUUGACCCCAACGAUCCGACGCACCAGAAGAUGAUUGAGAAGAAGAUUCACAAGGAGGAAUACGAGGGCCAGGACCUCUGGAAGGAGAUGGUUGCUGCCGAGGAGAAACGAAUGCAAGAGCAGAAGAAGCAGCGCGAAGCGACGGCCAGGGCCGCUCACUAG